AUGGGCAUUAUCGACGACGCCGCGUCCAUCAUCUCGGCGCGGACAUCGCACUCGAAGCGGUCCAAGUCGCACCGCUCCAGCCACAGCCGCCACCACACCCAGGAGCGCAGCAAGUCGCGCUCCCGCUCGCGCGAGCGCCACCGGUCCUCGCGCUCCGCCGCCGGCGUGGGCGGCGGCAUAAGCGGCAUUGCCGCCUCCAUCUUCGGCGGCGGCGACGACGACCACGACGACCACGACCGCCGGCGCAGCCACCACCACGACCGAGACGACGGCACCCGCUCCUUCUUCAGCCUGCCCAACGCCUCGCGCAGCUCCUUCUUCUCCGCCUUUGGCCGCCCCUCCCACCAGCACAGACCGGCCUCGCGCCCGCGGCCCCGCUCCGGCCUGCUGCCGCGGCUGCUCAAGAAGCUGCGGCGCCUGCUGCGCGACCUGGUGUACUACGCGAAGCGGCACCCGGCCAAGGUGUUCAUGCUGGUGCUGAUGCCGCUGAUCACGGGCGGCGCGCUGACGGCGCUGCUGGCCCGCUUCGGCCUGCGGCUGCCGCCGUUCCUGGAGCGCAUGCUCGGCGUGGCGGCCCGGGCGGCGGGCGCCGGCGCCGGCGCCGGCGGCUCGCUCGGCCUGGUCGGCGAGGCCGUGCGCUUGGUCAGCAGCGGCGGCGGCGGCGGGGCUGGGGCCGCGGCGACGCGCGCGAGUGUCGAGCGCGGCAGGCACGGCGGGAUGCAAUGGGAGCGGAGGAGCGUGGGGCGGGAUUAUGACGGGGAAGGGGGCGGGAGCGGGUGGGCGGAUGGGCUUAGGGGGGUUGCGAAGAUGUUUUCUUGA